GGGAUUAGAUCGGUUUCAUUCUUUCACAGUUCUCUUUUUGCAGUGAAAACCAUUACAUCGUGUUGUGGUAGCAGAAUCGUUCUUACGAGUGAUCUAUUUUUGCAUUGGAAGUCAUCAACGAAGCCGUGUGUGCUCCUGUUUGAACUGUGUUUACUUAUACGUCAAGUGUUGCUGCAGCUCAUAUUAACCAUCCCCGAAUUACGUGAAUACAACUGAGAUUUUAUAUCAACUGUGCCUGUUUCAUACCCUCUUAAAAAUGAUGGGAUAUUCUCUGGUUGUACUGACGAUAUUGAUCUCAUACUCUGCAUGUUCUUUCGUACCGUGGUCUGGAAUGACGAUGAAUAUCAGUCGUUCAUUACGUUUGAACGUUAUGGUGAAAUUUAGUCGUGGAGUUCAACUCGGUUUCAACCCUAACACUAUCCUGAACUUUGGCCCGGGAGAAAACAUCACCAUCACAUGUUCCGGAGACGAUGAGAUCAUGUGGGAUGUUGCCACCACGCCUACAGGCAAGUAUUUCAUCAGAGAUGAAACUCCAAACAGAAAAAUACUGGAAGUGAGAAAUGCCAAGCUUUAUGAUGGUGCAGUUUGCCGCUGCCAUUUGAAGAAAGAUGAGAAUGACUUUAUUAAAAUUUCGAUACUUCCUGAUUAUGAAAGAUUUGGAUUGAAUAUCGUACUCGGUGAUCCGAGUACUCAUUAUAAUCACUAGUAUGAUGAUUUGAGGUGAAAGCAACUAAAGCAACUUUAAAACUUUAAUUGGAAAAAAUAUACAGGUGGUUUUCUAGGUUCAUCGUAAACAUGAAAGCAGCCCAUCUUAAAAAGCAAAUACUUUACGUUUUUUUCAAUUAGGUAUGUAAUAAGAUGAAUAUGAACAUGAAUUUUCUAUCUUUGUACCAUAUGUUUAAUUUUUAGAAUAAAAAUAAAUAAUAUUACCGAGUGAAAA